CGUGGAAUAUUUCGUAGAUUACGUCAGGGUAAUAAGGAAUAUCCUUAUCCAGCCGACAAAACAUCCACUCGGCUCUUCUCAUAGUAUCUUCAGAAACCUCGGGAAUAGAGUCACCGGUAACUUCAGACAAAAGGAAUCAUGCCUACUUCUGCUCAAUCAUUUUUUGAGAACGAUCCUCCUCAUGGUAAAGUCAAACGAGUCAUGUGGUUCAAAUACCUUCAGGCUUUUGUCGCAAAGACGCAACAAUCGACAAGCGUAGGCAAGACCAUUAUAUGUGAUGUGUUUGCAGGGCGUGGAGUUUACGACAAUAAUUGGAGCUCAACCUUUACAGAUUAUGGUUCCCCACUGAUUGCACUGCGAGCAGCAAUCGGGUAUUUUGUACACAGAAAUAACUUGCCAAAUAACUUCGAGCCAAUUAUUGAUGCCAAUCCAGAUUACACCGAAGACGAAACCUCAUUCCUGGGGGAGUAUAAAAUCAAUUUAUAUUUUGUGGAACAAAAUCGAAACAACUACGAAUCUCUCGUGGAUAACAUAAUAUUGUUUUUCAAUUUUCAUGGCAUUAAUGUCAUUAAAUCAUUACCAGCCUCUAACCGAGCGUGUGUUUCAAGCAUGGAUGAGGAUUUUCCUAUUCGUUGUAACAUAUGUAAAUGCAAGUUUGAAGAUUUUCCUGCACCAGCUUUACACGAUAACACACGCAUGGUAACCUUCAUCGACCCGUUUGGAUUUGUAAUGAUUCCAUGGCAAAGAGUCUCCGAUUUCGUUGGAGAACACAAGGAACUUUACAUCAACCUUAUGACAUCCUUCAUGCACAGGCUUUUCACCCAGAAUCGCGAUAGAAUAGGCGAGGUUUUUGGGAUGGAGCCCGAUGUACUAGAGACCUUUAGAAAUGAUGACGAAAGUGAUUUUGUGAAUACUUUGGCCGACUUGUACGUUGAAAAGCUCCGCGAAAGUAGCGACUAUGCACUUACAUUUGAAAUGAAGGACAUAAGGAAUAGGAGACUGUACCAUUUGAUUUUUGCCACAAGCCACAUCAAAGGGUUAAAGGCGAUGAAAGAAUCGUUCAACCGAGGUACCCAAGAGCAAAAUACAUUCUCUCUCUCUGACUACAAGAUCUUAAAGAACGACAUUCCUUUAGAUUUAGAUCUUAGAAAUAAACAAAAACCGAUGCAAGUUGCAAAUGUCAUUUUUGAUAAAUUCUGGGGUGAAAGAUACGUUCGUAUCCGAGAUAUUGAGGAUUUUGUAUGGCUUAAAACACCUUAUGUGUAUAGAAAGAAACCACUGGCCAUCUUGGAGAGGGGAGGAAAGAUUGAGAAUGUUGUUGACACCUCUUUUAGAUCUGCAGGAAGAAGGCGACGUACAUUUCCUGAUCAUACUGAAUGGUUAAUAUCUUUUGCUGGGGACCAGUAAUAGUUUACACGUGCACACCACAGAGGUGGGGCACUCAUUUUCCAGCAGCUAUUUCCAAACGAUCCAGAGGCAUUCUACUCUAAAGUCCAAAGAAAAUUAGAAAGCCUUCUCGUAUGAACCCAUAAAGAGUUUCACUGCACUGUCAAUAUAUCAAAUAUUGCCAAGAAUUUGUGAAAAACUAAAAACUUUAUUGCACUGGUUUAGCCUCCUAUAAGUUUGCAAAACUCAAGAAUGUGAAAGUUGAACACUAAGACAUUUGCAUGAUGACGUCAUUUUACUACCUCUACCAAAAUGCAUCGCAUUUUUUUUCUUAUUCAAAUUUUGUAUUUCCUCAUGAGAAUAAUUAGUAUAACGUAACAAAUCAGCCUUAAAAUGUUUUGUAAAAUGUUCUUACAUUUUUGCUUUGCAAUACAAUUCUGUGUUUAUUCAAUUUUUAUCCAAGUAGUUUUAAUUCUCGCACUGCAGAACUAGAUAAUUUUUGUAGAAAAUAAUACUUAAUACCAAAGUAGUUAUCUGACAGCAAACAUAAACUUACAUGUUUUGUAAUUAUGACACUUUUUCCAUUUUACAAGAACAUGUUACAAUUUUCAGGCUGAUCUUGUUCUUAUAAAAAUGGGGUUUUAUUGGUCAAAUUUCAGCCUGGUGUUCUUAAUCCAUUUGUUCUUAUAUGUGUUUACUGUAUACUCUUUUAUUUUCCUUCAGGAGAGUAAAUUUAAAUCUUACUAUGAAAAUAGAUGCCUUUAGUCGAGUGAACUUUCAGUCUACUUUUUUUCCGAAUCCUCUAUUUAUCAUAUAUGUAAACCCUAGCUUCUUCUUUUGCUUGGGAUUAGCGUUUUCCAAACUUCUGGACAACUACUAAGUCCCACAAUGCACUGAAAUUCCAACUUACUGCCAACCGGUUGGCUCAGUUGGUUGAGCAUCGGACUUUCGUGCGGAAGGUCGUGGUUCGAGUCCCGGCCGGACCAACACUCAGGGUCUUGGGAUAACUGAGUAUCGAGAAAGUGCUGCCUUUGUUAUUACAUCCUCAAAUGGUUAGACUUUCAAGUGGCUCGGAUGACCACUUUAAAUGGCGGUCCCGUCUCUCCACAAUUCAUCAUUGCUAACCAACAUCUGAGGGACGUAAAAGAACCACUGAGGACGUAAAGAAACCCUGGCAGUGACUAUCCUCAGGGCCUCCACUUCAUACUAAUCAUCUCUCAUGCUUGUAAAUUGAAUAAAAGCAAUCUGUCAUUCACGACUAAAUGUAAAGCGCCUUUGAUUCUAUUCAUAUAGAAAGAGCGCUAUAUGAAUUCAUAAAUCAUUAUCAUUAUCAUUAACUUGACCCAGCUUUUUCCUCAAUCUUGGAAUGGCUAAUUGGCAAUUUUUCCUUUGACAAAUGCUUUGUUAUACCGCAAUGGUUAUCUAAAGUCACUAUAGACAUGUCCGGAUAUCGAGAUCAGGUUUGCCACAGGAAUCCCGAAUUGUAAUUGGCUUUUAAUUUGUUUCUUUUUAAGGUAGCAGUGAACACACAAGUUUGCAAUAUGUAUUUUGGUAGAGUGAUGUCUAACGAAGUGAGCAGUAGAAUUACUUUGUUUACUUUAUCGUUUGCGAAAGCCUUGAUUUCAA